UGAGCCGUCACCUGUCCUGAAACAAAACAUUGAAAAUCCAUUUCUAAUUAGCAUGGCACCAUAAAAAUCCAAAACUAACCAUUAUUAACGUGCUGUAUAUAAAUAAGUAACAAAACACAAUGUUUGCCAAACCCUUCAAGGUCAAAUCCAACAACAGCCUCAAGAAUUCGGAGAAGAAGCACCUAGUGCAGAGGAUAGUAGAUGAGUUCCCUGCAGCUACAGAGGAGGUGGCGAAGGAGCUGGUGCCCAUGAAGAGCAGCUGCAGCUGCGUGAAGGUGACGGCGCACAGCGGGGAGGUGGCGGACGUGUACGUGGUGAGCGGGGCGGCGCUGCUGCUGGACGUGCGCGGCGCGCUGCUGCCCACCGCGGCGGCGCUGUGGCGCGCGCGCGGCCUGCUGCCCGCGCUCACCGUGCACGAGCCAGUGCUUGCUAAGAUUCAAGGAGGUGCACCCUUAUACCUGCCAGGAGUGGUGAUACCGACUGGCGGCACGGGCUUCCCAGUCUUUGCUCGUGGGGCUGCCAUAGCCGUACGGACGACGGACAAUGCUGCCGCUGGCGCUGUCGGUCGGGCGGCACUGGCGUCGGGGGAGAUGCUGAUGAAAGUUGGAGGUGUAUGCAUGGAGAUGGUCCACUGGGUGGGCGACACGUUAAGCCGCGAGCCCAAGUUCGGUCGGCUCGAGAGACCCCGGAUAGACCCCGCGCUAGCCCCCGCGCCUCCUCAAGCCGCCGGUGACAGACUAGCUGACCAGCUACAACAGCUGCACGUCAAGCAGGAGGAGUGGCCCGCGCUGGGGCGGGGGCGCGCGCUCUCGUCCGCCCCCGCAGCCCCCGCGGCCCAGGAGGCAGACAUGGACCCGCAGGAAAAUGCCGAACCCGUGGAGGAGCAAGACGACGGGAUACCCACAGACAUGGACGGGUUGCUGGAGUGGGCCCUGCUCGGCUUCCUCAAGCUGCACGCGAAAACUGUACAAUUGCCACUACUCUCUAGUUUACUGUAUAGGAAUUAUUUACUGCCGCUGUGUCCCCCCGAUCGAACGAUGGACGUCAAAAAGUCUUCCUACAAGAAAGUGGGGAAGUUCUUAGAAGCCAUGCAAAAGGAGGGCUACCUGCAAGUGCGCGAGAUGGAGAAGGGCGUGGACGCCGUGACGGCGCUCAACCCGCUGCACCCGCGCGCGCGCAGCCACGCCCCGCCCCCGCCCCCGCCCCCGCCGGCCGACGCCGAUGAUGAUGAUGGCGUGGAGUACACGCCGCCGCAGGUCAGGGAGAUGUUCUCCGUCACUGCCGCCGUCUCUGACCUGCUGGCGCUCAAAAAGGGCUCGCUGCUGUCCUCGGCGGAGCUCCGCGCGCUGCUGACGGAGUACGUGACGGCGCGCGGGCUGCCCGCCGGCCGGGGCGGCGCCGUGCUGCUGGACGCCGCGCUCGCCAGGGCGCUGCAGGCGCACGAACAGGAGACGGUGAAGUGGGACGCGCUGAUGGCGGGCGUGCAGGCGAGGCUCACGGCCUGCACGGAGAUGCGGUUCGCGGACGGGACGUCAACACUCACUAAAGCCAAGCUGGACCCCAUCAAGAUGCAGGUCGUCAACCGCAGCGGGAACAAAAAGGUGACGCUGGUGUCUAACCUGGAGGCGUUCGGGUUCACGCUGCCGGAGCUGGCGCGAGCCUGCCAGCGCGGCGUGGCGGCGUCGUGCGGCGUCACGCGCUCGCCGGGCUCCAAGUUCGACCAGCUGAUGCUGCAGGGCGACCAGCAAUACUAUGUGGCCAGACUACUGAUUGAGAAGUAUGGCCUACCCAAGAAGUUCGUAGAAGGAGCCGACAAGGCACUCAAGAAGAAGAAAGGCAGCUAACCUCCGCACCACUCACCACUCUGACCUGAUCCCCUGAUCGUGAUACUAACAGUGUAAGAAAACUAAGAAAUGAUCAAUAAAACAAUGAACUUCCUAAAAUUAUCUA